UUACUCAUUUAGUGAAGUUGUAAAAUCAUCGUUGGUAAUCAAGAAAAUAUCGAAACAUCGAUUAGCGACUGUGCUCAGCUAACAGCUGUACCGCCAGCUGUGUACCUGCGGCUGCAACGGGCACACCAUACCAGCAUCCAAACAAAAGUCCACAGACGAAGAAAAUUCGACACAUCACCGCUCACCGCCGAGAUCUUGCUGACGUGCGACCAGCUAGAUGCAGAGCCAGAGCCCCGCUUUCGUCUACAAGGAACGGGAACUCGCGGAUCACUCGCCGCGCGCCAUGUAUAUGCGCGACUGGCGGUCGGCCCUGCGGACGCCCACGUAUAGGAUCGGGAAUCGGACGGUGCGCUUCAACUACCACUUCGCCUUGCUGAUAGCCUGCGCCCUUGGUCUGAUCCUGCUCUUCUACUUUGCACGCCAGGGCUCGCAGUCGUCCUCCGACGGCUACUGGCUACGUCGCAGCUUCGCAAAUGCCCGCAGCCUAGACAAUGGGCCGGUGGGCCAUACCUACAAUGCCACAUAUCCACUCACGCCCCCGAUGGUGCUGCGUGGCGGGGUGAUCAACUACCGGAUAGCCAUGAUUGCCGACUUGGAUACCAAUUCCAAGUUAAAGAAGAGCGAUGGCAGCACUACAUGGCGGAGUUACCUCAAGAAGGGCUACCUCACAUACACGGUGGCCAAGGCGGAAAUUCAAAUCAGUUGGGAUGAUGGGGCACCCACAGUCCUCGAAUCUGCGUUUGCCCUUAAGGGCCGUGGCAUGGAGCUUUCCGAGCUGGUGACCUUUAACGGCCGCCUGCUCAGUUUCGACGAUCGUACCGGAUUAAUAUACGAAAUAGUUAACGACAAGGCCAUUCCCUGGGUGAUCCUGCUGGAUGGCGACGGGCACAAUGCCAAGGGGUUCAAGUCCGAAUGGGCCACGGUGAAGCAGGACACCCUUUACGUGGGUUCCAUGGGCAAGGAGUGGACGACGAGUGCGGGCGACUUUGAGAACUACAAUCCCAUGUACGUGAAGGCAAUAACGACUGGAGGAGAGGUACGCUCCCUAAACUGGGUGGACAACUUCAAGCAGCUCCGGCUGCAGUCUCAGCAGAUUUCCUGGCCGGGCUACAUGAUCCAUGAGAGUGGCGCAUGGUCGGAGGAAAAGAAGCGUUGGUUUUUCCUGCCACGACGAUGUUCCAAAGAAAAAUACAACGAAACCAAGGAUGAGCACAUGGGCUGUAAUGUCCUGGUCUCUGCCGACGAAAGCUUUACUCAGAUCGAGACCGUGCGGCUUGAUCCUGAGAACACAAUGCCCACGCAUGGGUUCUCCAGCUUCAAAUUCCUGCCCGGCACCGAUGAUUCCAUCAUUGUGGCCCUGAAAUCAGAGGAACUGAAUGGCAAAACUGCUACCUUCAUCACAGCCUUCGAUACGACGGGCAGGACGCUGUUGCCCGAGGUGCGGAUCGAGACGGAGUACAAAUACGAGGGCUUUGAGUUCAUUUAGCUUGAGUCAGCUCAACUCAGCUCCAGUUCCAAGCGUGUACAUAAUGUAUUAAUGCCCAUAUAAAGUAAGUUUAAUAUUUAUAGUUAGUCAAGGGAUGCUCAGCUCUUAUCUGCCUCAUCAUGACCCGUGACUCCUUGUCUUGUCUUUGUACCAUAGCACAAAUCAAAUUUUAGUUUAUGUUUAA